AUGAAGGUUCAUCCGGUGCCGAUCACCCUGCAGUACGACAUAGCAUCGGCUCUCUCUCAGGCGAACGUCUGCGGGCUAAGGAAGCUCCGGCGACUACCCCACAUCUUCGCCAAGGUGUUGGAGCUACCUUUCCGCUCAGACGCCAACGUUUUGAUCGACGAAACCCCUGAUUCCCUUAGAUUUAUCAUCGCCGUUGGUGGCAUCACCGGUGAUGUUGGGGCACACGCCGUUGAGAUUUACCCUGGGGUUACCAAGAUUGUUAUCCGAGUAGACGGAGUGGUUAACUUGUCAGGUAAUGAAUUGGAGAUGGAUUUGUGGCGGUUUCGACUCCCGGAAUUGACAUUGCCGGAGUUGGCAUCUGCCGUGUACCAUCACGGGGAGCUGGUUGUGACGGUGCCAAAAGGCGGAGCUGAAGAGGAUCGCGACAGUGAAGGUGGUGAUCUCGGAGGUGGGAGGCUUGUUCUUGUACA